AAACACUCGAUUGCAACAUUUUAAACAAAGUUUCUUCCAGGCCCCAGCGCAGCUUAAAAACACUUGCGAUACGACUGCUCACACCUCAACGUCAAAGCUAACCAUAUAAAAUCUUACAAACAAAAUGAUGCGCCCAUCGUCCAUCCUUGUCUCUCUGGCCCUGCUCACUUCCGCGACUCUUGCAGAUGAUGGCCAAUACCAUCCGGACCAAUACGGUGCCGGCACUACAACCGGGACCGCUACAGCUACACUUCGAACAUAUACAGCCCAAGCCUACGGAACGGCUACAACAUCCCCCACUACAGUUGUCGCCUCACAGCUAGACAAGACAUCUGGCGCUGGCUCCCAGGUCACAGCGACUGCAUCCGAGAAUGAUGCUACGGCAACAGCGGGUUGGGAAUCGCAAGUCACAUGGCCGGCCGGCUGCGAAGAGUGGGCAAACCCAUGCCCAAGCGGUGCACACAUCUCCGGCGGCAGCAUUGCGGGCUACACCAAUGGAUUCACCUCAUUCCUUACCGAGACAAACAGCAAUGGCGUGAUUACCGGUAUGCCAUCGAAGGCUACAAUUCCGGCCGGUGUGCAGACUACCAGCAUUUCAGCCACGACGCUGUUGACCGCUACCUCAACGAGCAACUCCACAAGCGCGCCGUCAAGCGCGAGCAGCACGCAGAGCGGCUUCACUACCGGCACCAGCUCUGCGCAGCAGAGCAACGGGGCGGGCAUCAACACGGUAUCCGCGUUUUCGAUGCUCUUGGUUGUUGCUGCAGUUGCUAGUCUAUACUAGCGAAUCAAAAAUCUACUUUGAAUUGGAUGGGCUUUUGGGUUUGUUAGGCCCAGGAAUAGCAAGGCGUUCUUAAGGAAAGCUAUGUUUGAAAUGAGAACAUGAUAAACGUUAUGACCAUGGUUUGGCGUUGGCUGGGAAAUGAAUUGGCGAUGUAGGUUAGUAUCAUGGAGGCAUAGAUCGACGCAACAGAUGAACGAUAUGUAAAUAUGUAGAAAUAUUCAAAGCCU